GAAGAGUCUAAAAAAAGCCAGAAGCAGAAGCUCAACUAUCAACUAUCAGCUAUCAAAAUUCAAAAUUCAAAAAUCAAAACCACAUAUUCGCAUUUAAUUGCGCAGCGCCUGGCGGAGAGAACACAAGAAAAACAGAGUCAAAGUGGGAGUUGGAGUGGAAGCGGGAGCGGGAGCAGAGUUCAGGACCAGAGACGCCUACACUGACAGCUUCUGUUGCAGCUUCAGGUGGGAGACUCGUAAAACGAGAAGCAACAUCAGCAGCAGCUGUAGCUGGUGCUACCCAUCUACCGGGAACUCAGGCACCUCGUAUUGCAACAUUGUUUGGCCUUCCUUCAUCUGCUGAUAAUAGACCGUAACUCAUCGAAGAGUCCACAUCUACAUCCACGCAUAGCCAACGUCUAUGGCUGACGACGAUUUGCGGGCUCUGGUGGAUAGCCUGGAUGACGCCUCGCCGGAGAACCUGGCCAACGUCAUAGCCAACUUCUCGCUUGAUAUGCUGCAGAGGGCCAGCGCCCUAAUUGGCGCCCAGCAGCCGCACAGUGGGGCGCUGCUCAUCAAUCGCACCCAACAAUGCCAACAACAGAGCCAGCAGGAGGAGGAACUGGAGGCCGCCACAGCCACCGCAGCAGCAGCAGCAGAAGCAGCAGGUGGCAAGCGGAUCCUACACUGUCCCAGUGCAUUCGAUUCGGUGCUCUGUUGGCCACGCACCAAAGCCGCCACCCUGGCCGUUCUGCCCUGCUUUGAGGAGUUCAAGGGCGUGCACUAUGAUACCACAGAGAAUGCCACGCGUUUCUGCUUCGAGAAUGGGACAUGGGAUCACUAUUCGGACUACGAUCGUUGCCACCAGCAGUCGGGCUCUGUGCCCAUGGUUCCCGAUUUCUCACCCAGUGUGGAUCUGCCUGCCAUUAUCUACGCCUGUGGUUACUUUAUCAGCUUUGCCACCCUGGUGGUGGCCCUCAUCGUAUUUGUAAGCUUUAAAGAUUUGCGGUGCCUGCGAAACACGAUACAUGCGAAUCUAUUCCUCACAUACAUCACCUCCGCUCUGCUGUGGAUACUCACAUUGUUCCUGCAAGUGAUAACCACAGAGUCUAGUCAGGCUGGUUGCAUUACGCUAGUCAUCAUGUUGCAAUACUUUUACUUGACCAACUUCUUCUGGAUGUUUGUCGAAGGCCUCUAUUUGUACACCCUGGUGGUGCAAACAUUCUCCAGCGAUAACAUCAGCUUUAUUAUCUAUGCCCUCAUUGGCUGGGGCUGUCCCGCUGUAUUCAUUAUGGCCUGGGCCAUAGCCAAAGCGUUUGCACCCCAUCUGGAGAAUGACCAUUUCAAUGGGCUGGAAGUCGACUGCGGUUGGAUGCGAGAAUCUCACAUUGAUUGGAUAUUCAAGGGGCCAGCUUCGGUGGCUCUGGUUGUUAACUUGGUAUUUCUCAUACGCAUCAUGUGGGUUCUCAUUACCAAACUUCGCUCUGCCCACACUUUGGAGACGCGGCAGUAUUAUAAGGCAUCAAAAGCACUGCUGGUGCUCAUUCCCCUGUUUGGCAUCACCUAUCUGCUGGUCCUCACUGGCCCCGAACAGGGCAUCAGUCGCAACCUCUUCGAGGCCAUACGGGCAUUUCUCAUCAGCACACAGGGCUUCUUUGUGGCGCUCUUCUAUUGCUUCCUCAAUUCGGAGGUGCGCCAGACGCUGAGGCAUCGCUUCGUACGCUGGCGCGAGAGUCGAAAUAUCCAUCGGAGUAGCUCCCUGAAGAAUCGCAGGCAUCGCGCCUCCAAAGACUACUCGCAGAGAUCGCGAACCGAAAGUCUACGCACCGAGGAGUGUGUGAUCUGCCUGCGCCCCACGCCGCACACUCGCCUGGCCACACAGGAACAAAAUCACAGCCUCAAUAUCACCGAUUUUGUUUAGGAAUUCAUUUGCAAAGCAGGCCAAGUCCUCGGUUUCCAGCAGGCCUGGCAAUGCUCUUCGAUUUCAAUUGGUUUCUCGAAUUCUGGAACGGGAUGCUGAUGCUUCCAUUGGCAGUUGUUGGCUCUUCCAGACUGUUUUCAAUCAUUGCCUGCAAGUGGGGGGAAACUUUAGUUUAGGGCAUCGAUUGGCUAUGGAUUUGAUAGAACUUACCCGGAGGCAAAGUUGCAGCAGGAGAAUGGC